AACACACACUCCCUAACCAGACGCUGUGUUUAAGUGUUUCUGACUACUGCUUGUUAGGCGAUAGUGUGUGUGUGUGUAAAUGUAGCCACGCUUUACCUGUCGGAGUAUCUCUCACCUUUGGACUGUAAACUGAGUUUCCUUGUGUCGGGAUGUCUUGGACUUUAUCCUGAUUAUACACCCCUAUUUAUGCUUUCAUGCCAGACUGACCGCUCAUUCUGCAUCACUGCAAAUAAAAAAACAAGACGACUUCAUCUUUCUCAACUCGCUUUCCAGCUACCAGCGCUCCUGGUGGAUUUUUGUAAUUUCUGUGACUGGAAUUCUCAAGCUUUACCUACAAAGGCUGUGAUUGUUUGUGUAUGUGUGAGCAGUAGCAGCUCUUGGGGCUGCAUAUUUGGACAAAAUGAUGGAAGAGGUGUCCACAAUGAUGGCGUACGAUGCCCAGGUUAUGGAACAGAUGAGCGAGGAGGAGAUCCUGGCCUGUCUGGUGGCUGAAACCGAACCUAAAUUCACAGUCCCGACAAAGAAAGCUAAACUGAAGGAAAGCCGGCUUCAGAUAAUGGAUGAGGAAGAAGAAGACCCUUUGGACAAAUACCUGAAGGAAAACCGUCGGCUUCAGCAGGCCAGCCUCCGUCUGGAACAGGAAAAUGACAACCUGGCCCACAGACUGAUCACCGGCAAGGUUGCCCUGAGGAAGGCUUUGGACAAGGCAGAGGACAGAGUGGACGAACUCACCAAAGACCUUCUGCAGACCAGACAUCAACUGCAGGCCACCGAGGAGGAGAAGAGAGGGAAGGAAGAGGAAGCUGCAAUGCUAAAGGAAGUGUUUCGAAGAGAGCUGGAGAAAGCUGAGCAGGAAGUCAAGAGGUCAUCAGGCAUCAUCGCAGAUUACAAACAGAUCUGCUCUCAGCUGACAAACCGUCUGGAGAGGCAGCAGGCCGCCCACAGAGAAGAGUUAGAAUCACUCAAGAGCGCAGUGAAGGCUUGCUCUCACUGUCAGUACAUUGUAGAGACAGAUGAACUGUCUACUGCAGGCAGAACUCUCCUGACAGCAGCUCUGACAGAGGGCCACGGCAAGACCGAACCAGGCCAAGAUGAGGACCAUGAAACCUUUAAAAAGGCAGAGCAGAGGAGGGAGAACCAAGAGAAGGAGUCCCUCAAAACUCAGAUAAGGGAGCUGGAGCAGGAGUUGGUCCAGACAAAACUCCAGAUGGUGGAGGCUAAAUGCAAAAUCCAGGAGCUGGAACACCAGAAUGGACUCCUGGCCAGCGAUCUGCAGGAGGCAAAGAACAACUGGAUCAGCAAGGCCUUUACCUCCCUGCGGACCUCCAGUGGUGGACUUCAGGGUAUUAGCGUACCCAGGAAUGGGGCUCCAGCGCCACGCUGGAACCUCCACAGUGGCUCCCUGUCUGGAUGGAGCAGCAAGAAGCUGUCGUGGCCUCACAGAGACAACAGAGAAAAGGUGUAAUAGCUUGGACUAAGAUCACCUAAAAUUGGACAUUAGAGACUGAUCAAACCUCCUCAAGUGUGAACUGUAUUAAUUCAUACUGUUAUGUACAUUGUGUAUUCGAUAUUAUAGCUGCUAUUUUUCAAUUUGUGCACUAGAGGGCAGACUAGAGCACAAAAUGGGCAUAGGAGAGUACCUGAGAGCACAGACAAGUGCUGCCAGACAAGUUUUUUCAUGUGUCUUUAUCGCUUUCCAGUAACUGCAUUCAGUAAUAAUGUUUUUUCUACAUAUGUAAAACUAAUCAUUGUGC